AUUCACGUAUUUACUUGUCUAGCGUGAGCUUUCAAGUCUGAUUUUUAAAUUAAUAAUAAAUGCGGUAGAGAUGUCAAACGUUCGUUUAGCUAUAAGAGUUAGACCUUUUACCGAUAAGGAAUUGAAAUCAGAAAAGGAGCGUGUACGUGUUGUGAAUGUGUUGGACAGUAAAACGGUAACCAUUACUAAUUUGAAGGUGAGCGUAUCAGGAGCUGGCGACAGUCGUGAGCGGGUGCGCAGAUACCAAGCUGAUUACACAUUCGAUAGCGCCUGCUCGCCAAAUCAAUUAACAUACGCCUCGCAGGACAAGGUAUUCGAAACAAUCGGUUGUGAAGUACUGAACAGUGUCUAUCGAGGAUAUUCGGCAUGCGUGCUCGCGUACGGUCAGAGUGCCACCGGCAAAACCCACACCAUGAUGGGAACCGAAGCUCAGCCGGGACUGGUGCCGAGGAUUUGCAGAGCAUUGGCCAACAGAGUACCGUUUGAUAUUACAGUCAGUUUCUUGGAGAUUUACAACGAGCGUGUUCACGAUUUAUUGGUCGGGGAAGCAUUACCCGUAUGCCACUCCCUGCCUAGGCGAAGAGGGAACGCACGCAAGGAUCUACGUGUUCGCGAACAUCCUACUAAAGGACCUUAUGUACAAAAUUUGCGUCGAGUAGCAGUAAAAAAUGUAGAGGAUCUUCUGUCGUUGGUGCGCGAGGGAAGCCGCCGGAGACACACAGCAGCGACCAGACGCAAUCCUACAUCAUCCCGGUCCCACGCGUUGUUGGCGUUAUCCACGUCACGAGCCACCUUGCAUCUCGCUGAUCUAGCUGGAAGUGAGAAAGCGAGCUGGGAAGGGUGCGGUGGUGGCAGACAGAAGGAAGGUGCCAAUAUAAACAAGUCUCUGGUAGCGCUCAGUAAUGUCAUAUCUGCGUUAGUUACCAACGGUUUCGGUAAAAUAAAAUUCGUUCCCUAUCGCGACUCCGCGCUGACUUGGCUGUUGAAAGACUGUUUUACGGGUGGAGCCAGCAGUUUUAUUAUAGCCACUGUGUCUCCGAGUGUAGCGUGCUACGGAGAGUCGGCUUCUACACUCCGUUGGGCGGCCCGAGCUCGUCAGCUCCCGUCAACGAGCCCUCAACUCAGCGGAACCAUUGUUGCAUCCAAAGCAGAUCUACAAGCGCAAUUAAAUCUACUAAUCGCUGAAUUGGCCAACGACUAUAUACGUUAUGUACCAGAGACUGGAAAGAUAAGCUAUGAUGAUAUUCACUGGACAUUACAAAAGAACAGAAUAGUGGUGAGUUCAGAGAACAAAAUAGGCGCUUUUUUGGAUAUCAUGCAUCGGAAAUCCGAUUCUCGCAAUGAAGAGUCCUCAUCAUCAUUGGCUCUGAGUGAUAGUUCGGAUUUCAUCGGUGCAGAGGAUAAGAACAAGAUCACAAAUGAAAUUAACAAAGAGGUCGAUAAAAUCUUAGGGACGUCUUUAGAACGAACGAGUAGUGGAUGUGAUUUGAAAGUAGUUCCACCUCUACGACAUAAACGAAGAGAAUAUCGCUCUCAAGAAGUUUUACCUAUAAAUGAGACAAUUGAUCGUAAUCAAGAACAAAAUAUAGCUCAAAUCGUCAACAGCCAUAGUGAUAUACAAAUAAAUACAAACAAAGAACAAACCAACCUAAUCAAAGUCCCGCAUGCUUCCAUUAUUCAUGAAAAUCAAAGAUCUGAAAUUGUCGCAGCAGUAACGGAGAGAUUGUACUCUAAGCUUAAAAAGAAAGAGAUACCUGCUAUACAUAAAAUGGAAUCUAUAGUUGACAAAAAAAUUGUAGAGCCCUUGAGUGAAUUAAGAAUUUGCACAAAUGCUCGUCAACGCUUAAUAGAAUUGAGUCAAAAAGCUAUCAGAAAUAAAAGAAAGAUUGGAAUACCUGUUUCAACACAGACUAGAGUCUCUGUGAUACGAGUCAAGGAUAAAGCAGUCGAUGUUCAAGCUGAUCUGGAUUCAUAUAUUGUCGAUAGAUCGAAGUCUUAUUCGCUAUAUCGUGACGUCGCUACUGAAACUAUAGCCAUGACCCCUAGAUGUAAAGAGCAAUCUGUGGGGCCUGCGUUUGGGUCAAUGCGAUUCCGUGACUUCUCAACGUCAACGGAAAUUCAAAAAAACAGCUCGAAAAAUUCUUAUACGAUGACUGAUAUCUGUGGUAAAUGUGAUAACAGCACACAGACUCAAGUUUUACCACCUCCGAGACGUAAGAAACGUUGUCCCAAAAACGUCAAUAAUAGUAAUACUUGGAACGUUUCAGAAGAAGCUACUGUGUCUCCAGUUAUAAGCAUUAAUAUAUCCCAAACAUAUCCAGUUGAUUCAGACUCGCAAAGCUCUGAUGAAAAUUCGAACACUGCAACAGACAAUUGUAAAGUAAGUCCCAAAGCAUCAACUCCUGAUUUGUUAACGAAUCACACUGCAGACGCUAUGGAUGCCGUUGAAAAUCAUUUAAGCGUCGAUGGUACCGAUAGUAGACAACCGAGUUUCCCGUAUUCACUUUCAUUAGAAGCCUCAGAUGUCUCCGAAACACAAUAUUGUGAACAUGAAUUUUCAGAUUCGGACGAACACGCAUUACCAAGAGUAAAAGUCGGUUCUUUGUGUCAAAACAAGUCCGACAUAAAAGACUUAAUUUUAGGACGAAACAAAAAUAUGUUUCCUUACAAUAUAAUGCUAUCUCCAGAAAAAGUCAAGGAUUCUUGCAAAAGAACGGUUUCAUUCAAAGAUUUCGAUAUAGAUCAUGCAAUGAAAAUGGCGACUAAAGCGAAUCAAUUGGAUCAUGAACACGUAGAGGAUAAAAGUAAUUACACUUCAGGAGAGGGUUGUUAUCCAGAUUUUGAUAAUACAGUUCAUCGCGAGGAUACUUCUCUAUCAGAUUCUACAGGGUCAAGCAAAAUGGAAACGGAUUCAUUCAUAUGGAAAAGUAAUAAAACUCUGGGAUGUUCAAGAGGUCAUUACGUUCCUGUUUAUAGACCUUCAAAAUGUAAUACUACUAAAUCUCUAUAUAAUAAAGAUCUUUCACGUUUAGAAAAGUGUCUUGAAAACGAACUGACUCCAGUAUAUAUCGGUAAUGCAUUAGAACGCAGCACUGAAGAUUAUCAUUCGCUGAAAAACAAUUACCACGAUUAUAAGAUUUUCGAAAACACGAAUGAAAUGCUUGAACACAAAUUGAAUUCACGUCGCAAAUAUGACUUUCCAACUAUUGAAAAGAACAUUCUUGCGUCAUGCGAAAAGCUUGAACGUAUCGCGAACAAGUAUGACGAUUACGUAUCUAAUAUUGAAAAGGUGAAAGAGAAUAGUCUCAAGAAGAGUUCUUUGGGGACGCCAACAGAAUAUUUGCAACGUUUAAUACAAAUAAGAAAAAGUGUAAUAAAAUCCGAAAGUGAAGAUACAGACAGCUCUUUGGUAUCCCACAAAUAGUUAUAAAUUGAAGACUACUUACUACUGAUUUAUUUCAAUUUUAAUUUAUCCGAAAUGUGACAUCCGUUAAUAUUUCGGUGUUAUAAACUCUUCCGUAAUUAUACAAAAAAUAAAUAGCUAAAUAUAAUAUUCUUCUGUUUGUCUUUUGAUUUAUUUUGUUAAGCAGCUAUUGACGAACUUUAGUGAUAUGAUUAAAUUUUUUCUAAAAAUAUUAAGUUUUAUUUAUUUAAAAAAGUCACAAAACAGUGAGGUGUCAGUGAUUAUAGUCUAGUGUACAUCAUUGGACGAACAAAUAAUAUUAUUUCUUAGAUUUUGGCGUUAUAGAUAUCAGCAGUUUAGAGCCCGUAGGGGGUGCUGAGAUUCCACGAUAUUUUCUUCACAGCAGAGGAUGUCUGUCCAGCGAGAUAAUUAAUUGUAAAUACAAAUAUAUACUUGUCUAAUGAAUAUAAUUAUAUAUAACUAUUACAUAUUUUUGUGUAGAAAUUCUAAUUAGAUGUCACACCCAAAAGAAAAACAA